CCCUUGCUCUUAGCCGGACCCUUCCACCCUGCUGCUUCUCUAAAUUGUGAAGAACUGAAGCGUGCGUCCCUGGAGAAAUUCUGGCAUUUGGGUCCUGCUUCGUUAAGACGAGAAAUUAACUUGGGCUUUUUAAACGUUCAAGUUAAAGAGAAUAGAAUUCUUGGGGAAGGGGUGGGCUUUUGUUUUGUUUCUUCCCCUCGUGUGGUCAAUUUUUGUUCCCUCUGCUCAUAAAGCAUUGUUAGGAACUGUUUAGCCUGUUUGCAUUAAAAAGGCACUUUGGUGCAUGUAAGCCCCCCCCCCCCCCUUUUUUUAGUGAUUCAUGUGUGUUCUUGCUUCCAUAUGAUUACUCUUUCAACAGUGCUAUGAAGGCUCCUUCCAACCGUUCUGUCUUGCAACACUUUUUUUCUUCCUGCAUUUUCUUAUAGAGCAGUUAAACUUUGGGGUGGGGAGGACCCUUAAAAAUAAAUGACAGCCUUUUUCUUGAUGAUGAGAACAACCUGAUUUGCAUUGAUGUGUGUCUAGAAUAACAUCAUAGGCGUCCUCUGGAGCUUAUUUUACCCAUUUAGAGAAGUUUGGGUUUCUCCAUUCAUCUUCUUUUUUUGUCGUAACUUGUGCUAACAAAAGAACCCUGCUCUGAUGACUUCAAGGCGGAGGGGAAUCACUGCAGAGUGUACAUGAAUGUUUAUUUGGUUGGGGUGAAGGGCACAAUGGUAUAUAUUCCUGACUCCCCCUCUCGUGCAGGGUUUUUUUUUAAAAGCACGGAAGGUUAUGUAAUGCAGUGCCAUUUCCAAAAAUAUCCACUCUGAGGCAUUACACUACCCGGUGCAAGGCUGAUUCCUGUUCUGCUGUCUUGAUUGCAAAUAUACUGCCAGUAGUAUGUCUGGGAACAAAGAGCAGCCAGAAAACAAUCUAUUUUUACCACUUGAUUUUACUUUUAAGUUGCUAAACCUUUUGAAGUCCUGCAGUAUAAAAAUGAACCGAACACUAAGAAUAGCCCAGGACACUGCAAAGCCAGGUUGGUCUCCCUGGACUGAAGAGAGAGAGUGUGCAAGCACAAGAUUAAGAUUCCCAAAAUGGUUUAUUACCCAGAUCUGUUUGGCUGGAUCAUGCAAGAAACAUUUCCAAACAAGGAAAUGGUGGGAAGGCUACACAAGGGCAGACUUCCUAUCCCAAAGGAAGUGAAUCGCAAGAAAGGUGAAGAGACUGCAGCUGCCUCCCUGACGCCACGUGGCAGUGAUGAGCUCCUCCCUGCAAGCAUCCGUUACCUCUACUCUUUUUAAUCGUGACACCUCCAUUUGUAUUACAUAUGGUGUAUGGGUAUUGAUGAGAUCAUGGUAUCAUAUAUGGGAUUUUUUUCUGUGUAAAUCAUCAAGUAUACGAAGAAACUAUGGGACUCUGAGCCUUGCUUUAGAGAAUUUACAGUGGACAAAUAGGUAUCAUCAAACCAGUUUUUAAUCUUUCUGACUCAAGUGAAAACACUCAGAAUUUCACACUGUGAAUCCACGUUUACAACCCCCUACAGGUGGGCCUUCAGGCCUGGUUCGAUACAACAAUGUCUUCCACAACUCAAACUCCUACUGCUCUCUCAUAACUGGUUCACUCCCUGCCUUUCCCUCCCACAGCUCCCCCGACUGCUUCAGGCAGAGGCUAAGAGUCCCCCUAUUUUUUUUUUCAUUUAGAUGUAACAAGCGUAGUAGUUUAUGUUCAUCAAUUGUCUGUAUAGCUCUAUAUUUUAUCCAUGUACUCUUUUGAUGUAUAGAAGUAGUUUGAAACUCAUUGUUUCCUUGUGGUAAGUGACUGAGAUGCUGCCACAGGACCUGAGACACUGAUGAAUGGUGCUAUUUUGGACUUUCAACAUGCUCCUUGGCGAGGUAGCUCUGAUGGAGUUAUAUUUUAUUUCCAUGUUCUAAGAGGGUGUUGGUACUUUGUUUCCCUGAAUGUUGUUCUCUAGACUGGAUUGACUCGUUUUCCUUGUGUCUUCAGCGUGGCUUUCUUCGUCAGUGUAGCAGGCUGAGUAAAUGCUAUCGGAGAGUGCACGGAGACCACCUCUCCAGGGUUGGCCUCACACACGUGCAAUCGCUGUAGCGGGAGCAAUCACAAAACUGUAAUUUAUUUACCCAAAUCUCCUUCUUUCUGUAGCCUCGCCUACCUAACCCAGAGAAGGAAAAGCAAUAAUUUUACAGGCAUUGUUAGGCAUCUUUUGGGUUCGUUUUGUCUGAAAGGAUAUUUGAAAAAGGGGCAAACUCUUUGACAAACAAUCACCGGGGGGAGGGGGCAGAAAAGCCAAAAAACCAAAUCUGGAUUCUUCUUAAGACUAUGAAAAGUAUACCAUCCCCCAAAAUUAAGCUGUAAAAAUAACUUUAUUAUUAUUAUUUUUUAAAGCAGAGGACUCUUUAGGCAUUUGUGAUAAGCAAGGUAUAGCAUUUACAUUUUUGUCCUUGCUCCCAAUGAAAUGGGUAAAAUCAAAUCAAAUCUGAAAACACCAUCAACUCAUGGAAUGUUGUUGUGUUAGCCAGUCUGAAAGCCCACCUUAAUUUUUAUAUAACUGUCUUUUAGCUCUUCCUUUGACAGGGCAGGCCUUGUUCUGAACUGUCUGCUUCUGACUAUUCAACCCCGAUGAUGCAUGCACUGCCCUCCUCGUUCUCUCCUCCUCCUCCAUCGACCUGAGUUUCUUGUGCAUCUCCCCCCCACCUCUUUGUUAGAAUAGGUCUAUCAGCUGUGUAAAUAGAGCAAGAAAACAGUAUUUGCAUCUGUGGCAUUUAUGUAGAACUGCAGUUGUGUACUGCUGAAAAUGCAGGCUUUUGUAACAAUGUGAUCUUUACUGAUGCACUCACAACAAGUACCCAAUGUAUUUUAGCUAUUUUAAUAGCAUUUGUUCAAUAAAUAUGCAAGCUGUAAGGUAA